AUGGAUCAACAUACAAUUUUGAAUAAUACUGCUUCCAAUGAAGACAAAUAUCGAUUUCUUAAUCAAUUGAGAGUACUUGUGGUUGAUAACGAUAUUGUUUCUCUCAAUAUUCUUCAAUCCUCUCUCGAACAAUGCAGAUUCACAGUAAAAGCAACAUCAAGGUCAACAGAAGCUUUGGAAAUAUUGAGAAAUAAGGAAGAAAUAUUCGAUAUUGUCAUUACAGAUGUAGAGAUGAAUGAAAUUGAUGGUUUUCAACUCCUAGAAAUUAUAAAUCUUGAAAUGGAUAUUCCUGUCAUAAUGAUAUCUGCAUCGGACAACAUAGAAUUGGUAAUGAAAGGAGUGCGACAUGGAGCUCGAGACUAUUUGGUAAAACCUGUUCGAAUGGAGGAACUGAAAAACAUAUGGCAGCAUGUUGUGAGGAAAAAUGUGUUUAAUCCUAAUCAUUCCAAGUUAACAAUAACAAGAGCCGAAGAUGCUGACAAUAAUAAUUAUGCGACGAAAACAAUACCUUUUGCUCAACCUGUAGUAGAUGAUGAACAAUCGUGUCCUCCCAAGAAACCGAGAGUUAGUUGGUCGAAUGAGUUACAUCAUAAGUUCAUGGAUGCUAUUGAAAAACUUGGUCCGGAUGCAUAUCCGAAAAAGAUACUCGAGAUGAUGAAUGAACCAAAUUUGAGUCGCGAAAAUGUUGCUAGUCACUUACAGAAAUACAGAAAUGGGAUGAAGAAAGGGAAAAAAAUAGUAACUGCGGAAAUAAAUAGAGUUGCUCAAGAUCAAAUAUCGACAAAACAUGACAUUAGCAACGUUGUAAAAAUCAAUGGAGUACCUUUCAACUCAAACCAAAAUCAAUGUUUUAUCCAGCAAAACCAACAACUGCCACCCUCGUAUGGAAACUACUUCCAUCAACCUACCAUCUUUCCAUCAAAUCCAUCACUCUUGAAUAGAUCAUUCACGUUCAACACGCCAAACAAUAUUCCAAACCAUUCCUUAAUUCCAAACAUUGAUUCUAGUUAUGCAAAUUUUGGUAAUGUUCCUAAUCCAACCGGCAUUAACUAUGUUGGAAUUCAUCAACCAUAUAAUUCAUCAUGUCCCAGUUCAUAUGUUCCUAAUCUUCAAGUUACUAUCAGUCAGCCACCUCCAAUAAAUAUUCAAACAAACCCUAUAGUAUCGAGUUCAGGAAAUAUAACCGGUUUUCAAGAUCCACGCAUCAUCGAUGAAAAAUUUUUACCUAUGGGAGGAGGUAAUACUUAUACUCAAAAUGAAUGGAUUCAAACUGACCAUUUGUUGUAUAACCAACAACAACAGAUGGGAGAACAAAUCCAACCGGGUACUCCUAUUGCUGAUGACCUGAAUAUAAUGAUGAUUGAGGCUAAGCCAUGUAAAAGCUUAUGGGUUAGUGGCAUCAACCCAACUAUUAUAAAAGAGAAACUGGAAGAGGAUUUAUCAACCAUAUGA